AGAAUCUGUGUUUUGUGCUGAGAGAAGCAGAAGAGGGGGAAAGAUGAGUGGUAGGCAAGGGCCACCAAAGCAUCAAAACAAGUACGGAUGGAAGCCUAACGCCGGACACAAGAAGAACGAAACGGAAGUUGGAGGAACGCUAAGACCUUACUCGGAGAUCACUGGCGUCUGUGCUCGCUGUAAAGGCCAGAUUGAAUGGAAACGCAGGUACGGGAAAUACAAGCCCCUUGUCGAGCCUGCUAAGUGUCAACGAUGUUCGAAGCGGGCUGUCCGGCAGGCUUACCAUAAUCUCUGCCCUGCUUGUGCCAAAGAUCAAAAAGUGUGUGCUAAGUGUUGUUGCCAUGUUGAUCGGACAGUUGGAAGGGACUGUUCAGAAGUAGAGGCUGAGCAAAAGGCACUUGAGGAGGCCAUAAAAAAUGCACGGGAGAGGGAUCGGAGGACACUAUUACGUGCUAUGAACAAAGGGAAAACUCAAACAAAAACGUCGAGCAACGGAGAAAGAAAAGUAGAAUUAUUUCCUGCAGCGUCCCUCGAUCAGUAUGCUGAACUCAGUAUUGAGCAACAAGAAGAAGAAGAAGAUGAUGAUGAUGAGGACCAGAUAUGUAAUUGACAUAUGGGAACAAUCGUUGACAGCUUUGGUAGGUCAGUUUUUAUACAUCUUUUCUUUAAUGCAUUGUGAUGAAGAUGCCUGUAAGAUUAGUACUAGCCUUAAUGAAUCUGUUGAAUUCAGUAAAGAGCAGGAAAAGGCAGUGGACCAGAUAUGUAAUUGAGAGAUGGGAACAAUCUCUUGACAGUUUUGGUAUGUUAGUUUUUAUACAUCUUUUCUUGAAUGCACUGUGAUGA